AUCCUAUACAAUAUGUCCAGGGCUGCUAAUGCGAAAGCACAGGUUGUGCGCAUCUUGAUCUCCGCAGGCAAAGCCGCUCCGACACCACCAGUCGGCCCCGCGCUCGGUGCUCGCGGUGUCAAGUCGAUGGACUUCUGUAAGGAGUUCAAUGCUCGAACGGCACACCUUGAGCCUGGAAUCCCUACCCCGACCCUCAUAACCAUACAGCCAGACCGUUCGUUCACAUUUAUCACGAAGACACCUCCGACUUCGUAUUUCCUCAAGAAAGCGGCCGGUAUUGAGAAAGGUACUGGCCGCCCCGGCCACGAGAUCGUUGGCACCAUCAGUCUCAAACACGUGUAUGAGAUUGCGAAGAUCAAGGCUACUGAUGAGCAUCUCAAACACUUGAGGCUCGAGGCUAUCGCGAGCACAAUCAUUUCAUCGGCGCGGACUUUGGGGGUGCAAGUUGUACCGUAA